AUGGUAGGAACGAAAUCCGACAGUGAUGAAAGCGAUACAGGUUCUUACAGCGACUUAACUAUUGUGGCGCUAUUUGAUGACCUCAUGCAGUUGAUGAAUCAAACGAGGGACGAAAUGGUGGAGGAGGCAUUUGGCACGUUUGCUGAAAACACGAAAAUUGUAUUUACACGAUGGCAAGAUUCUGUAGCUGAAUGCCAGAGGCUACAGAAAGCACUCGAUAUUAGGACACAAGAAUUUAAUGAAAUUGAAAGGCACCUCAAUGUAGCAAGGCGAUUAUUAGAUGAAGAAAAGAAGAUAACAAAGCAGGCUAAACAUGAACGAGAUGAAUUUAAACAUCAAAUAAGUACAGUGCGAAGGUUACUAUUCAAAGACAACCGAAUAAAGUUAGCAGACGAAAUUAAGGAACAAUUAUCAUUUUUGAACAAAGGCCGUUAUAGUUCAGGGGAACCUGCUGGUGAUAAUCACCUGAGUGCUAUUCCAGAGGUUAAUUCUACAGAUUCCAUUAAGUCAGACUUUAGUUUUUCGCGAUCUGAAGAUGAUCUGGAUAGUUCUAAAUGCUUCCAAGUUGGUAGAGAAUGGAGAAAACACAGAGUAAGCACAGAUGCUCCUGCAGAACCUGCUACCAAGAAAAGACGUUCAUCCGGAAAUAAAGUUGUCGAGAUCCGCGCAACAGCUACAGUUACGACUACAACUACUGUAACAGUAACCAACGAGGGACCAAUAAAAGCAACUUCUGUCGUCGAGUCUUUGCCAAAGACACCAUUUCCCGAGCCUCCAAUUAUAACUAGAUUACCAGAAAGUAGCGCCAACUUGAGACAGCACUGCUUCCAGCAGAAGACUGUUGUCAUGCCCGGUUCUUGUAUGUCUUGUGCGAAGCGUACACAUUUUGGAAGGUCGGUCCUUAAAUGUAGGGAUUGCAGAGCAAUAUGUCAUUUGGAGUGUAAAGAUUACUUACCUUUACCCUGUGUCCCAGCAGCAAAUACGCCUGGUAACAGAAAUUUGUUGGGAAUUAUCAGUGAUUAUACACCAGCCAUACCCCCAAUGGUUCCAGCUCUAAUUGAGCAUUGCAUGAGGGAAAUAGAACAAAGAGGGCUAAAUGAAGUUGGAUUGUACACAAUACCUGGUUCAGAGAAAGACGUGAAAAGUUUGAAGGAAAAGUUCAUCAGUGGAAGAGGUUCACCCAGUCUUAAAGAAAUUGAUAUCCACGUGAUCUGCAGCUGCGUUAAGGCAUUCCUAUGUUGUCUAACCGAGCCGCUUAUUACCUAUAAGUUGUGGAACGAUUUUGUGCAAGCCGUCGAAGCUAAAGACGAGCAAAACAUCGUGCCUUCUUUAUAUCAUAUUAUUUCUGAGUUGCCGCAACCGAAUAGGGACACAUUAGCAUACGUAAUUCUCCAUAUACAGAAAAUCGCGAAAUGCCCACAGUGUAAGAUGCCAAUUGAGAGUCUCUUUAAAUUGUUUGGUCCUACAAUUGUUGGGUACUCUUCGAAAGAUGCCAAUCCAAAUAAUUUGAUUACGGAAACUAGGCAGCAAGACAUGGUAAUGACACGUUUGCUGAAAUUGCCAUCCGAGUAUUGGUCUUCA